AUGGGAUGCAACUUUGAAUUUUCGAGGGGUUGUGGCACGGGUGUAGCAGAAGCAAUCGGAAAAUGGGGAUUUUCGAAUAAUAAACUCUCAAAUUCUGGACAAGAACUUGAACGCAUAAGAUAUCUUUCAGAGAAAAUGGCAUGUUUGAAAACUACGAAACCGAUGAUGUGUGUAAAGUACGACUGUAGGUAUGAUCCAGAAGCCUGGUCCGUGAAACCAAGUCCUGAAGAAUGCAAACCAUCCUGGACAGUUCCUAUGAAGAGACCACUCAUUACAUACAGUUCUACUGCUGAAAUCCGCUUUACUUCGAAUUUAAAUAGUAUUGGAACAGAUUUACUGUAUGUUAUACCAGGCCGAAGUUAUGUAGUGCAGGGUACGGAUAAAUGGUAUCGACGAGGACCAGACUGCUGUCCACAACCAAGCUGUUUGGCGCCACAAUGUCCAAGACCCUGUUGUUACUGA